AAUUUACGGGGCUCAUCAGGCUAGGUUGCAUCGAGCCUGCAUUACUGGGGUCCAUAGAAAUCUUGACAGUUUCACAGGUGAGAGAGACGUCGUGGGUUAAGCUGCUAGCUCCGGGGUUGUUUUACUUUCUCUUUCAGUUCACCGGUCCUACCAUACGCUUCGAGUCUGGGGUUGCCACAGUCAAAAAACACGAACUCCAAGUCCUAUCACCACGGCACCAUGAGCAGAAAGAAAAAGGACUGGAAGACAGAGAAAGACAGAGUGUUGAAUAUGUCAUUGGAGGAGAGGCGUAAGGAGUACCGUCGGUCUGAAUAUGUACCUCUGGACCAAAUCAACACCUGGAAGCAGUCUCAGAGUACAGAAGUGACAGAGGAAGACGAAGGGAAGGACCUUCUGAGAGACAAAGUAUCUCUCUACAAGGGUGACAUCACCAUCCUCGAGGUCGAUGCCAUAGUUAACGCAGCUAACUCCAGUCUCUGGGAGGCGGUGGAGGUGAGUGUUUGUCCUCCUUAUUUUAGGGGGAAUUUUCAUGGCGCUGCCCAUGCUGUUCACACUGACGCCCACGCCCACACACACACACUCCUCAUCGUAAUAAAACAAAGUAAUCCUAUCAUUAGUCCUAUACCAUAGACAUGUCUGUCUAAUAGACCUAGAUAUUUAUUUAUCCAUUAGUAUACCGUGGACUGUAGUGUCUGUGUCUCUCUGAGUGCUUCUGUUAAAUGGGACUGAAUGCAUUAGUGCCAACACAUCAGAGCGAAGCAUUACGCGGGGUGCGGUAACCAUGCAGACUGACUGUGCCGUGUCAUGGCCAGACGUGAUGGUCAUUACUUUACUGGCCUGUCCAGGCCUGUUAUUAUCAAAGAAGCUGAGGAAAUCUGAGGCGGCCGACCGUGGCUAGGGGGAGACGGGAAGGGAGGGGAGUCCAGUGGAAUGGGGUAUGGGGAGGG